CCGAGUUCUGCCGCGCAGCUUGAAGUUCGCUCAGAAUAGCUCCUUUCACGUUGAAUCCUUCUUAAUCCACUCAGUCCUAACAAAAUUCCUGCUGUCGCAAUUUGUUCGUCAAUUAUGGCUCCAUUGGAUAUCGACGUCGAUGCAGAGCAAGUGGCGUUUGAUAAGGAAGUUGCAAGCAUUGAAGACUGGUGGAAGACUCCAAGGCAAGCUUCAAUCAAAAGACCAUAUACAGCGCGAAGAAUAGCCACAUUGCGAAAUACAGUGCGAGAAGAAUAUGUUUCGAGCAGGCAAGCUCUCAAAUUAUGGAGCCAAUUUCAAUCUCAUCUCGACAAUGGAACAUAUGAGUUGACAUUCGGAGCCACUGAUCCCUUGAUCGUUGCCGAGAUGGCAAAAUACCAACAGACGGUCUAUGUUUCGGGUGCUUUAUGUGGAUUCACACAGGUACUUGAGCCAGGUAUGGAUCAAGCCGACUAUCCUUGGGACACUGUACCGAAGGUUGUGGAGAAGAUAUAUCGCUCUCAGAUGUGGAACGACCGCCGCCAGCGACAAAUCAGAAUGUCAAAAGCUAAAGCAGAACGGGCGAAAAUGGAGUGCUACGAUUACCUAGCUCCAAUUAUCGCAGACGCUGAUAUGGGUUUUGGCGGCUUAACAUCCACUGUGAAGAUGGCAAAGCUAUUCGUGGAAUCUGGGGUGGCAAUGAUUCACGUUGAUGACUUAGCCUCUGGCAUGAAGCGGUUCACUACAGGCCAAGGGCGAACGAUCGUCCCGACAAGCGAGUAUAUCGGACGAUUGACUGCUGUUCGUAUGCAAUUCGAUAUCAUGGGUGCUGAGACCAUGCUUCUGAUGCGAACCGACUUGAUCAAAGCACAAUUCAUCACCUCAGUGAUUGAUCCUUGUGACCACGAGUACAUUAUAGGGGCUACGAACUCAGUCGAAGCUUUGUCGACUGUUUUGUCGAGGACAAUGGAAUCAGGAGAGCCAAGUCUAAAAGAGCUCGUCCUGGUGAGGACUGAAUGGGAGAAGACAGCUGGGCUUAUGACCUUUGAUGAAGCUAGCUUACGAAGCCAAGAUCGCCUUUCCACUGCGCUCGCACAAAGGAGGGAGGCUGCUCGGAGCGUGCUCGGGAAAGAGGUGGCAUUCGAUUGGGAACUGCCCAGAAGUAGAGAAGGUCAGUAUCUAUUUAAAUGGGCCGUCAAAGGAGAGACUGAACGCUGUCUCGCUGUGGCUCCGUUAGGCGACCUGACAUGGCCUCGAAUGGAUUUUCCAGGUGAAAUUCACAACGCUCUCCGAGAAAAGUAUCCACGUCGGCUAUUCUGCUUCGGCUAUACGAAUACGUAUGACUGGGCAGGUGCAGGAUUUACAGAAACAGAUGUGAAAGACUCCCCCUCGAAGAUGGCAAAACAAGGGGCGAUUUUUCAGAUACAACCAACAUGGUGUGUUCAAGGAAUACGGUAUUAUGCAGAUAAGAGCGCGAGGAUGCUGAAAGAAGAUGGAAUUGCUGGGUACGUGCAAGAAAUUCAGAAGCCUGCACUAGCAGUAGGACGAAACGGUUCUGAGGAAUCCGGUGCAUAUCUCACAGAUGCGUAUUUCGAGACGAUUGCUGCUCAAGAUUACAUAUGA